CGCAGGCGGAGGCGGGGCAGCGGUCGGUUGCUAAGACUUGUGAGGCGCAGUCCUCGCGUGCGGCUCUUCAGUCGGAGCCCUGCCGAGGAUGGACCCCGCCCCGGGCCUCGCGGAGCAGCGUGGGGACGAGGAGGCCGCGAGCCCCCAGCCAGCGCCUGCGCCGUGGCAAGCCCUCCCGGUCCUGUCCGAGCAGCAGUCCCAGGACGUGGAGCUGGUGCUGGCCUACGCCGCGCCCGUCCUCGACAAGCGUCAGACCUCGCGCCUCCUCAAGGAGGUGUCGGCCGUGCACCCGCUGCCCGCCCAGCCUCACCUCAAGAGGGUGCGGCCCAGCCGCGAUGCCAGCCGCCCGCACGCACUGGAGAUGCUGCUGUGCCUGGCGGGGCCGGCCCCGGGUGAUAGAUCGCUGGCCGAGCUCCUCCCGCGGCCGGCCGUGGACCCUCGCGGCCUGGGGCAGCCCUUCCUGGUGCCCGUGCCCGCCCGGCCGCCCCUGACCAGAGGCCAGUUCGAGGAGGCGCGCGCCCACUGGCCCACGUCCUUCCACGAGGACAGGCAGGUGGCCCGUGCCCUGGCCGGACGGCUCUUCUCGGUGCAGGAGCAGGCGGCGAUGCAGGGCCACAUGGAGCGGGCCGUGUGGGCGGCGCAGCAGGCGGCCGCCAGGGGCCUGAGGGCCGUGGGGGCGGUGGUGGUGGACCCGUCCUCGGGCCGCGUGCUGGCCACGGGCCAUGACUGCAGCAGCGCGGCCAGCCCCCUGCUGCAUGCCACCAUGGUGUGCAUCGACCUGGUGGCGCGGGGCCAGGGGCGCGGCGCCUAUGACCUCCGCCCCUACCCUGCCUGCUCCUUCGCCCCGGCCGCCGUCGUCCCCCAGGGCGUCCGCGUGGGCUCUGUGCGCAAGCUGGAGGAGGACGGGGACGCGCACGGGGACGGCCUGCCCUACGUGUGCACCGGCUACGAUCUCUACGUCACCCGCGAGCCCUGUGCCAUGUGCGCCAUGGCCCUGGUACACUCCCGCGUGCAGCGCGUCUUCUACGGGGCGCCGUCGCCCGACGGUGCCCUGGGCACCCGCUUCCGCAUCCACGCCCGGCCGGACCUCAACCACCGCUUCCAGGUGUUCCGUGGUGUUCUGGAGGCCCAGUGCCGCCGGCUGCACCCCUUCGUGUAGGCGGCCGUGCCCGCUGGACCCUGGACCCCGGGCCGGGCUCUCCCCUGGCAUCUCAGCCUCCGGCAGACUCCACCGGCGGGCCCCUGCGUCCGUCCUCGUCCCGGCUGUGAUCCUGCCGGUCAGUUGGAGGGACGUUCACGUCUCCCAGCCCGGAGCCAGACCCUGUGCUGUCUGCACCGGUGUGUGGGGACGCAUCUGCGCCCAACUGAGCUCUUCCCUGGGCUUGAGCUUAGCGGGGGUCCGGCCCGGGCCGGGGAGCCGGGCACUCGGACUUCCUUCCUCCAGCUGCCCUUUGCCCCCAGCCCGAGGGUCCACUGGGACGGUGUCCCCCGUGUGUCAGGUGUCACGGAGCGGCUCCACAUGUGAAAAUAAACACCCCCAAACCAGGUCGGUGUCUGUUGACGGAGGCAUGGGGCCGUGGUGGCCGAGGGUACCUGGGUCGGAGUGACCGCUUCCUCCAGGGUGUGGGGUUUGUACAGCGGAAGGGGAGCUUCUGAGCCAAGUGGGGCAAGAGCGUGGCCCUGGGAGCGGGGCCUCUGCCUGCGUGCUACGUCUGGAAGGGCGUGGCCGGCCAGCGUGUGUUUACGCUAGGGUGUAGCCUGCCGGCCUGGACUCACCCCACCGAAAGGCUCCUUCCGGUCAGCCCGGCUCCUGACCUUCACAGUUGGCCAGAGGGGCUGAGCCGGGGGUCUGCCGCAGAGCAGGUAGUGCUAGGAGCGACGUGCGUCCCUUCAGCAGCCGUGCGUGAUUGGAUCACCGGGCCAGCUGGGGGCCCCGGGUGGUCUUCGCUGUUGAGCCCUCCCGGCCCGUCCUAGCCCCUGGGGCCGGGGCAGGGGGUCUGCCCUCGAGCUAGUGCAGUGGAUGGGCGGUGCGGGCGGGAGGGUCUCGGGGGCGUGGACCCUGGAAACUCCGCGUCACGUCACUGGAACCUUCUCGCCUGGGCUGUGCGUGAGAAAGACGUCUGUGGGUUCCCGUCCCCCUGCCCGCCUCCAGGUGCGGUUCCCUUGCCCACGCCGGGCUCACCUGUGCCGUGAGGCCCCGGUGGGUGCCGGGCAAGGCCGCGUUGUGGCUCAUUUCCUGGAGAUGGCGGUGCCCACCCGCAGAGCCCUCGGGGACCGGCGCGUUCUCUUCGGGUGUGUGUGUUAGUGGCAGCCUGGUACGUGGGGCCGCCGUGUGACACCGGCUCAUGUGGCUGCACGUAGAAGGGCCGCUGGGGUGCCACGUGCUUGGCUCGGGUCGUGACGCGAUCCUCAGCUCUGCGAGGCUUGCAGGGGCGACAACCGCAGGCCAGAGAGGUCGUGUGACUGAUUGCGUGUCACGUAGCAGUGAGCGCGAACCCAGUUCUCAGUGUCUCACAAGUUGGGCUUUGUGGCCCCGAGGAGGUGCUCAGAGCCAGUCGUGAAUAAAGAGAAAGCCUGGGGGGUG